UAUAUUUUUUAAUACGUUUACUGCAUCUUUUAAUGUCAAAAAGCAGUUCUGAGACCUAACUUCAGAACCAUCAGUACUUGCCUGUACCUCUGUCCUUCAGCAGCCUGUUUGCAUGGUUUUGCUUUGAUUUGUUUGGCUGAUGACAACCAGCUGCCCAAUUUGCAUCCACACAGAGUUGUUAUUCAGUGACUUUGGUCAUCACCUAAAUGGCGAUAGUACCAAAUGACAGUAAAGCAAAGAACCAAAGGACAAUUAUCGUACAGGUUACUCUAUUACACAUGGAGUUUUUACAGAAAACAGGAAAUGCUAUGUACUGUAGCAAAUCAUAUACUGUCUUUCUAGUGUGCACCAAACAUGAGAUGUCAUUGUUCAUUAGAAAGACAAAUAACAGUAUGUGUAAACCUUCCAGUACUACUAUUUGGAAGCUAAAAAGCACCAGUCUACAAGAAUAGAAGCUGUACCGAAGAAAGUAAAUAGCAUCAUAAAUGCUAAAGCUAUAGAACUGCAGUAAGCUCUUAGGAUUUCUGUAUUGCCUGAAAUCAAAUAUUAAUACCCUUCCUCUUCAUCUGAUCAUAAACAUGGCAAACUCAUGAAUAUGCUGUGGAAGCAACCCUUAAUCUCUACAGCUGCGGUUGUGUGAACAACUAACAGCAGUUGGGUAAAAUAUUAACCUUUGUUCUGCUGACAAGAUGCUGCUGCCACUUCCUUAUUAGUGGAAACAGGUAAAAGUGUGUAUGUGUCCACAUGUCGGGCUAAUGGAGAAGAGGAGUUUGGUCAUUGCCCAGGCAACCCAUAAAUUACAACAUUCAUCUAACCAAUCAGAGGUAGAGUGCUGAGCGGACAAACCCAGUUACAGCUGUCACUCAGAGACAAAACGGAACUAAAUCAAACAUCAGGUUUGAUUAAAAACUGGGGUUUAAGGCUGGGGUUUUUGCUUCUCUUUUUCUACUGGUUUUUUCUACUCCCUCAUUUGGUAAUAAAUUACAGCCUCUCCAGGGAUGGACAUUUUCUUUGGAGAGUGACACAAGAUCUGUGUAUUUCAUCAGGACAUUGUUACUUUUUUCCCUGAAGUGAUUAAUUCUUCUUUGAGUUUGAGCAUCUUCAGCAUUUAUUCAGAUUUUUUUUUGUACUGUGGGAGGUUGAUGGCGAGGUUCAAGGUGAUCCGGGUCAAAGUGAGCUGGAUAGCAGUUUUGGCUCUGGCCCACUUUGCAUACCUGGUUCUAGGAGCCACAAUUUUCCAAAUUCUGGAGCGCGAGGCUGAGAGCAACAACCGGAAUCACUUCCAGCUGGAGAAGCUUAAUUUCUUGGCUAAUUACACCUGCCUGGACAGAUCUGCCCUGGAGAAGUUUGUGCAGGUGAUUUUGGAUGCCUGGGAAAAGGGAGUCAAUCCAUCUGGCAACUCCACCAACCACAGCAACUGGGAUUUUAGUAGCUCCUUCUUUUUUGCAGGCACAGUAGUCACAACUAUAGGUUAUGGUAAUCUCUCCCCCAGCACUGUGUCUGGCCAAGUGUUUUGCGUGUUGUAUGCUCUUGGUGGGAUUCCGCUAAAUCUAGCCUUCCUCAAACAGCUGGGGAAGUGUCUCACCAUCCAACUGGGCCAACUGGAAAAGGGUGUGGUCUCAGCUGUUACACACAAGCAAACAUUCCAGGCUCUGGCUGUGAGUUUAUUUGUCUUCACCGGCAGCCUGUUGUUUUUGGUCAUCCCACCUUUGCUGUUCAGUUACGUAGAAGGCUGGACAUUCGGUGAGGGCUUCUAUUUCGCCUUCAUUACUCUGAGCACCAUUGGAUUUGGAGAUUAUGUGGUGGGGGCUGACCCAGGCAAGGAGUACAUUUCUCUGUAUCGCAGCCUUGCUGGCAUAUGGAUCAUCUUUGCCCUGGCUUGGCUUUCUCUUGUCCUCAGCAUAGGAGCCAAAAUAAUACAGCAUGUGGUUGUCCUGACUCAACCAGACUUCAAGAAACAAGAGGAAGAAGAGGAUACAGUAUCUGAUCACCAUUGCACACUUUAAAUGCCUGA